UGUUUAUGAAGGAGAUCGUGCAGCAGCAGACAAAACUUGGAAAUAUAUGUUAGAGGAAGAUAAUAAUGAUGGUAAAAAAAGAGAAACAGGGGAAGAAGAAGAAGGAGAAGAAGAAGAGUUACCACCUAAAAUGUGUGAUUUAAGAUUAAUUGAUUUUGCACACUCUGAUUGGCAUGCAGACGAUAGAGAGAAACAAGAUCCAAAUUUAAUUAAAGGAUAUGAUAAUAUUAUUGAAAUCUUGGAAGAAUGCUUAAAUAGACAAUAUAAAGAAAAGCUAUAAUCCAUAACAAAGAAGAAGUAAAUUAUAUACUGUAUUACUAAAAUAAAAAUAAAGUAAAAAAGUCGA